AUGAUAUUUACUGCUGGUAUAGGGGAGCAGUGCUGGUCAGGGAGCUGAGACCAGGGCCUCUGGGUUCCUGCCUGUCUCUGUGGUUUACCUCUAGUCCUGUUCCAGUCAAGUGGCUUUACCUGGGAGUGUUACUCUCAAUUCAGGCCUCACUCACCUGAACAAUACUUAACACCACACAACCCUAAGUUUUUAGACGUGAGGAUGUAGGUCCUUUUCUGUACAGUGAGGCCAUUUCUGGGCAAUAUGUCUGUCUAGAGGACUGGGUUAUCUCCUAUGGAUCAAGAGCACCAUCACAUGCAAAUGUUCUGUAUAGCCUCUCUAACUGUUUCCUUCUCUGGUUCUGUCCAACCCCUUUUCCAGUGGGAUGAAUGUCACGUGCACAGUUGUUUUUGUUGAUAAAUAACACAUUCAAGGAAAUUAGGAACAGUUGUAAGGUUUAUAGGGCAAAUCUGGAGAGACGGAGCGAGAGAGAACGAAAGACAGAGUUACCUUCAAAUUACAGGUGAGGCCAUUUUGGGCCAUAUUGUAUAAUCAUGUUGAAAAUCUAGCAAUUUUAUUGUAGAGAAGUGUAUUUAUAGUUUUUUCCCCAAUAUUUUUUCAGAUGUAAGUGGUACAUUUCCAAAACUCUUCGAACACAAACUCUAAUUUUGUAAUAUCCUCUGUCUUAUGUUCAAAACCUUUAACUGUGUUUUCAUUGUGUUCAAAGUCAGGCAGUGUGUGACCAUAGGAAUCAUGUUGCAGUUUGGAAGGUUCCAGUGUAGAAUAAUCAACCAUGUGUUCUUACCCUUGUUGGCCCUCUGAAAAUGUUAUGUUGAGGUUUUUCACCCCUACCCUCUUCCAAUAUUUUAAAAACCUGACCUAACAAUCAGUGAUUGUUCAUGUCUCUGAACAGGUGAUAAUCCUCUUUGUGGGGUGCACUAUCUUCACCUGUCCUAUCACGUCAUAUCAGUAAAGAAGGAGAAAGACAGUUUGCAUUUGUAAAGUUUUGUAAAGUUCUGUGUAUUAAUUUUAAUCAUAUAACCUUUGAAUUUCACAGAGAUGGAACCAUUUUUGUAUCUCACCCUGCUAAUCUCAGGUCAGUUUAGUGUGUGGUUGUCCCAGCAAACAUGCCCACUUUGGGCUGAAGAGUCCUUGCUAAUCGGCUCCACAUUGGCCCCCAAGACAUUAGCCCAGUGUGUCCCAGUGUGUCCCAGUGUGGCCCAGUGUGUCCCAGUGUGUCCUAGUGUGUCCCAGUGUGUCCUAGUGUGUCCCAGUGUGUCCCAGUGUGGCCCAGUGUGGCCCAGUGUGGCCCAGUGUGGACAGCCCGUAUCUGGUGAAGACAGCCUUCACUGUUCCUGAAAUUAGCCAACUCUUUGGAUCGGCUGUCCGUAUUGGGCCCAUUUGGUCACAAACAUGAGCUUAUGUAUUGGCCAUUUGUGUAUUUACCACCAUAUGGCAAUUUAUCAGUUAAAUUAUUAUGUAUAGGUUUUUAUUUAUAUAUAUUAUAUUUAGUACAAGUAAAAUCAAAUAUUGCCAAAAUAAUGAAUAAACUCUAACAUUUAUGAGCCGUAAAUUCUGUUAGGUGUUUUUACACAUGGUCCUCUUUAAAAUAACUGAUCUCAGUCCUCUUUAAAGUGAGUUUAGAAAGGAACCAAGAUCUUUUUCCAACAUUCACUCAGUGCAGUCUGGGUUUUUACAAAGCGCAGGACAAGCCAUUCAAUCAGAAUGUGUUAUCGGACAGCUAGAUAUACCUACUUACAUUUUGGAAGCUACUAUAUAUAGACAUAAUAAUUGUAAUCAGAAUAUAGCAAUAAAAUGUACAGUACAUGUUAAUAGUAACAGAAUGAAUAGCAUUAGAAUAACUGCAGAAUAACUGCAGAAUAAAUCAUGCUUUAAUUCAAAAUUGCACACCCAAGGUAGGCUACUGCCCCUUUAAGAGCUAGAAGAGAUUUUGUAGCCUAUGUUUGAUUCUCACCAAAUAGGUGUCUUCGCACGUUAUUCAAAACACCACAAAAUAAACAGCUUAUGAAGCUUUUACCAUAGAUCCAAAAACCCAACAACCCAAAAAAACACUUUUAAAUUUUGGUUUUGAAAAUAACAAUUUAAAAAAACAAAAAAAAACCCAAAAAUUUUUUUUUGGGCCCUUUAUUUUUUUUUGGGGACGUGAGGGUUUAGGGGGGGGAAACGGGGUUUUGUUUUCUAGUUGGGGGGGGGGGAAAUGUUGCAGUUUUGGGUUUUGGGGGGAAAAAAGGGGGGGUUAGUAGUUGGUGUGGGCGGGAAAAAGGUUUUUCUGUUAGGGUGGUGCGGGGGCGGGGUGCAGAGCAGUGUGUGGGGGGGGGGGGGGGGUUUCGAGUUAUGUGGGGGGGAAACGGUUUUUGGUUUUGGGGGGGGUGGGGCGGGGUGUUCAUGUUGGGGGGGGGGAAAAGGGUUUUUCAGUAUUUGGUUUGGGGGGGAAAAGGGGGGCGGGGGUUUAAUUGGGGGGGGGGAGGAAACGGGGGGUUUCCCCAUUUUUGGGGGGAAAAUGAAAAGGCCCGGGGCUUGGUUACUUUCCCCCCAAAAAAUGCCGAAAAAUUAAAAGGGGAAAAAAAUAAAACACUAUUUUAAAAUUUUAGGGGCAGAAGGUUGAUUCUUUUGGGUUUCCCCCCAAAAAAAAAAGGAACCCCCUGGUUUGUUGAAAAAACCUGUGAAAAAAUUUUCAAAGUUUUUUCCGGGGCAACGGGGGGUUUAUGGUGGCUGGGCCUUUUGGGUGGUGUGGGGUUUGGGGUGGGGCCGUUUUUUGGGUUUGCCGUCGGGUUGCCCUUUUUGGGUUGGGGUGGGGUUUCUGGGCUGGGGGGGGUGUCCCCGGGGGUGGGUUUUUUGAGGUUUGGUGGUUAUGGUUCUUUUUUUUUUUUGGGUUUUUUUUUUUUAAAAAAUUUUUUUGUUUUUUAAAAUUUUUUUUUUUCCGUUUUCCCGCUUGGGGGGUUGGAUUUUAAAAAAAGGGGGGGGGAAAAAAAAAGGAAAAAAUUUUUUGUGGGGAAGGGGUUUUUUUUCCCGGGUUUUCCCCAAAUUUUUAACUGGGAAAUUUGGGGGGCCCCCGUUCCCCAAAAAGUUGGGGAAUUUUGGUUUGAAAAGGGGGGGGGGGUGGUUUGAGGGUUAAACCCCCGUGGGGGUUUUUGGGGGGGGGGUGGGGGGGGGUGGUAAAAGGGUUUUUUUUUUUUUGUUUUCCCAAAAGUGCGGGGAUUGUUUUAAAAAAAACGGGGGUUCUUUGGUGCGGGGUUUUCUUUUCCCCUUUUUUAGUGCCCCAAGUAAACCCCCUUCCUGGCCAAAAAAUCCCCCGGGCCCCCCCGGGGGGUGGUUUUUGGCUUGCCCCCCUUUUUUUCCCCAAAAAAGGGGGUUUUUGUUUGGAAAAUGGAAUUCCCCCCCGGGGCCCCCCGGGGGAGGGGGGCCUGGGGGGGGGGGGGGUUCCAACCGGGGGGGCCCGGGGGGGAGGGGCUCCCCGCUGGCCCGGGGGGGGGGGUAUCCCCGCUGGCCCCCCGGGGAGGUUAAACCGACUGGGGGGAAAAGGGGGUUCCCCUGGGGGGGGGGGGGGGGUAUCCCCUAGGGCCCCCGGGGGGCCCCGGGUGGGCCGACCCGGGGGUCCCCGUUGGGGGGACCGGGGGGGGCCCUCCCCGUGGGGGGGGGGGGGCUCCCCCGUUUAAUUUUGGGGUUUUUUAAAGAACGGGGGUGAAAAACCCCGUGGUUUUGAAAAGGGGUCGGGGGGUCGUUUUUUCUUUGGAGCCCCCCCCAGGGAGGAUGUUUUUUUUGGUGGAGGCAAUUUUUUUUCGGUCGAAAAAAAAAAGCGGCUUCUUUUUUUGUUGGGGGGCCUUUCUACCCGUUUUUGUUUAAGGGGGGCGGGAAAAAGGCCCCCUUUUCCCCGCCUGGGUUUUUUUUUGGGGGGGGGGCCCAAAGGGCCCCCCCCCCCCCCCAAAGGCCCCCCGUUCCCACCGCCCCCCCAAAACCCCGUUCCCCCCCCCCCCCCCCCCCCCCCCCCCCCGGGGCCCCCCCCCCCCCACGAUUCCCCAACAACCCCCAACCCGACCCCCCGCCCCCCCAAAAAGCCCCCCAAAAAAAAGGGGGGCCCCCCCCCAAAAGGGGCCCCCCCCCCCCAAAACCCCCCCCCCCCGGGGCCCCCCCCAGCCCCCCACAAAACCCCCCGGGGGGCCCCAAAAAGUUGAAACCCCCCAAAAAACCCCCCCCGAAAAAAAGGGGGGUUGCCCCCCCGUUUUCCCCCCCCCCCGCCCCCCCCCCCCCCCCGUUGCCCAAAAACCCCCCUUUUUUAAAAAAAAAUUGGGAAGAAGGUCUGUACAGUUUGUAUCACUAUUGAGUUGGUUCUUAAUGAACAGGGUGAAACUCACCUCUUGUAAGAUUUCGUCCUGAACAGCAGGAUCGCUGAGGUUCAGAUUUUGAUCGUUUGGAGUCAUCUUCACUCUCACCACCUGUCUCUUCAGUUGAUGUUUUUCAGUGGUCGGAGAGUCAUUAUUUCGUUUAUAUCCUUAUCUGAUCAAACUAAAUUAAUAAAUAAGCCCUGUGCCUACCCUUCCUUUCAUAUGCUAUAGUAAGUUACCAUAUUCUCCACCUGAUCUACCUGAUAUUAGGAUGACAGGAGAACUCUAAUGUUGCCCCCAUGAUUCACUACUGUCACUGUGAGAUUUAUUCUCUUCUACGGCCCAGCUUGUGGAGACCACACUGCCCCCCUGCCCACAUCCACAACCACGACUUCCCCACCGACCACACCAACAACAACGACUUCCCCACCGACCACACCCACAACCACGACUUCCCCACGACCACACCCCACAACCACAAUUCCCCACCGACCCACACCCACAACCACGACUUACCCCACCGACCACACCCACCAACCACGACUUCCCCACCGACCACACCCACAACCACGACUUCCCCCACGACCACACCCCACAACCACGACGUCCCCACCGACCACACCGCCAACCACGACUUCCCCACCGACCACACCCACAACCACGACUUCCCCACGACCACACCACAACCACGACUUCCCCACCGACCACACCGCAAACCACGACUUCCCCACGACCACACCACAACCACGACUUCCCCACCGACCACACCCACAACCACGACUCCCACCGACUCACCCACAACCACGACUUCCCCCUGCCCACAUCCAACAACCACGACAUCCCCACCGACCACACCCACAACCACGACUUCUCCACCGACCACACCCACAACCACGACUUCCCCACCGACCACACCCACAACCACGACUUCCCCACCGACCACACCCACAACCACGACUACCCACCGACCACACCACAAACCACGACUUCCCCACCGACCACAACCAAGACUUCCCCACCGACCACACCCACAACCAUGACUUCCCCACCGACCACACCCACAACCACGACUUCCCCACCGACCACACCCACACCCAAAAUAAUGACCACGACUGCUACCUCGACCACACCCACAACCAAUACUGCCACCCCGACCCCGACCACACCCACAACAAUGACUGCCACCCAGACCACACCUACAACCACUACUGCCACCCCGACCCCGACCACAUCCACAACAACGACUGCCACCCCGACCACACCCACAACCACUACUGCCACCCCGACCACAUCCAAAACAACGACUGCCACCCAGACCACACCCACAACCACGACUGCACCCCGACCACACCCACAACAACGACUGCCACCCCGACCACACCCACAACCACUACUGCCACCCCGACCCCGACCACAUCCACAACAACGACUACCACCCCGACCACACCCACAACCACUACUGCCACCCCGACCACAUCCACAACAACGACUGCCACCCCGACCACAUCCACAACAACGACUGCACCCCGACCACAUCCACAACAACGACUGCCACCCCGACCAAAUGCAAUAAUGACUCUCCGACCCCUGAAAAACCUCAACUGA